UUCCUACCUUCUCUGUCCCCCUCGGCAGCAACAAAAUAUUUUUUUUUUCUAUUUGUUAUUUUAUUCAAUAUAGGAAGAGACGAGCAGCGCCGUAUAUUGUUAAACGUAGUGGUAAACUUUGUAACUAAAUAAUACUUUCAAGUGGGAGGAGUAUACCGACGAUUGGCGGCGAGAAGAGAGGAGAAGCAGUUUUAUUUUACCUUUAAUAUUAUCCCCAGUGGAAAUGGUAAUGGAUUUCGGAAUGGGAAUUGAAAUCGAGAUUGUUGAACGGGCGGAGCAAUAAUGUUGGUGCAAGUGCGUGGGUUGUACGCUGCGACCAGCAGUUAGAUGCUGUUUCUUUGAAGAGAAAAAGGAAGAAGAAAGAAAAAAGUGUUACAGGGGUGUUUAUUAGGAAUGUUUGUUAUGAAUCAAUAGACCCUCCUUAUGUAUUUUUCUUUACAUACACAUUCUGACUCUGUUGCACAAUCGACAUUUUCAAAAAAUGGGUAAUAACCGCAUACGAUAACAGAGUUAUUUGGUCUGGGCAACAAUUGGCAUUUCAGGUAUAUAAAUAAUAUAUACCAAUUCUGGUCCUUCUGCCGCUGCUCUGCUAACAGCCGCUGCUGGACGCAGCUUUAUCAUGUCAGAAUCAGCUUGUGUGAUCUUAGCACUGGCUUGGAAGAGAAGAAAAUAUUUAAUAGUCAUUAGCCAGAUAGUAUUAUGGAUCGCAACAGCUCAAACUAACGCUAAGCCUAUGCAAGAAACAGGAUUGUUCAACAACAGAGAUGAUCAAUGUCCCGUGGAAUGCUCUUGCUUGGGCAACGUCGUCGACUGUAGCAGUUUGUUAUUGAGCGAAGCUCCUAGCUGCCUUCCACCAUGGGCAGAAGUCCUAGAGAUAAAAGAUAACAAUAUUGCAAAAUUGGAACCUGAUGCUUUAAUUCAUCUUACAAAGCUUAGGCACUUAGAUGUUAGCGCUAACAAAUUAGGCAACAAUGUUAGCGUGGCUCUGGCAGGUUUACCGCAGUUAAGAACUCUGAAAAUCAACAAAAAUCAUCUUACUACAGUGCCUGAUCUACCUACGCUGACAAAUCUGACCCAAUUAUCAAUGUCGCACAAUCUUGUGGAAUCUAUAGACGGUCAAGCAUUAUUAAAAUUAUCAAGACUUCAGUCUUUGGACCUCAGUGGCAAUCGGGUCACAGUUCUGCAAAAAGAAUCAUUUCUGGCACCAAAUAAUCUAACAUAUUUAAACUUGAAUAUGAAUAAAAUAGAAGUAAUAGAAAAUGGAAGUCUGGAUAAUUUAACUUUUUUGAAAGAACUGAGAUUGAAUAAAAAUCAUCUUUCGCAUUUGAAAAAUUUGUUCACAAAUCUACAAGAGCUCAGAAUUCUAGAACUGAAUAGAAACGAGCUUCAACAAAUUUUGGGAUUGAGUUUGAAAAAACAAGAAAAUUUAGAACAGCUGCGGCUGAAGAGAAACAAAAUCCGAAUACUCGAGGACGGCGCAUUUUAUCCUCUAAAAAAUUUGAUUCUUUUACAAUUGGAUUUCAACAUGUUAUCCGUCGUUCAAAAGGGUGGUUUGUACGGACUCGAAAGACUCCAAAAGCUCACCAUUUCGCACAACAAAAUUGAGACAAUUGAAUCUCAGGCAUGGGAAAUGUGCAGAGGAAUUAUGGAGCUGGACUUGUCGCACAAUGAACUCACCUCGAUCGAAAGAGGGACUUUUGAAUUUUUGGGAAAACUUGAAAUACUAAAAUUGGAUCACAACAAAAUAACCAUCAUAUCGGAUGGUGCCUUCAACAACACUCCAAAUUUGAAAAAACUCGAAUUGAAUGACAACCAGAUAUCCUACAUGGUGGAAGAUAUCAACGGGCCAUUUGCACCAUUGAUGAAUUUAGAGAAAUUGGGAUUAGCGAACAAUGGCAUAAAAUCGAUCAACAAAAAUGCUUUCCUUGGUCUGAUGAGACUAUCAGAGCUAGAUUUAACCGGUAACAAUGUAACCAGCAUUCAAGAAAACGCCCUGAUCUCAAUGCCGAAAUUAUCAAGACUAAGAAUGAAUUCCGGUGCUCUUCUCUGCGAUUGUGGUCUUCAAUGGCUCAGCGUCUGGCUGCGCAGCCACAAAUACAGCGAGGCCCGAAUUUGCUGCGGUUAUCCACACUGGUUGCAAAAUAAACCCUUGAUGCUCCUUCAUCAUGCGAAUUUCACGUGCGACGAGUAUCCAAAGCCAAGAAUAAUCGGUGAACCUGCUAGUCAAAUGGGUAUCCGAGGGGACAAUGUCACUCUGCAAUGUCGAGCGACUAGCACGGCUAACGCUCCGCUCCGUUUUACAUGGAAACACGAUAACGUCGAGUUGAAAAAUUCUGACGUUCAAGUGGACAGCACAUCUUCAGAGCGCGGUGUCACGGAAGCUCUGUCUAGUUUGCAUUUGAUAAAUGUAACACACGCAGAGGCAGGCAGAUAUCAAUGCAUGGUCACGAAUAAUUACGGGACAACUUACUCGGCUAAGGCCAAGAUCAGUGUCCUCAUUUAUCCGUCUUUUACCAAAAUUCCACACGACGUUAGAGUAACUGCUGGCAGUACUGCUAGAUUAGAAUGUGCGGCGGAAGGUCAACCGACCCCCCAAAUAGCCUGGCAAAAAGAUGGUGGAAACGAUUUUCCAGCUGCCAGAGAAAGAAGGAUGCAUAUGAUGCCAACCGACGAUGUCUUCUUCAUUGUAAACUUCAAGUCCGCCGAUACCGGUGUUUAUUCCUGCACAGCCCAGAAUCUCGCUGGCAUAAUAGUUGCCAAUGCCAGCCUAACAAUACUUGAAACACCAUCGUUUGUGAAGCCGAUGGAAAACAAGGAAAUUAUAGCCGGAGGUUCGAUCGUGCUCGAGUGUAUGGCGAGUGGCUCGCCUCGGCCCAAAUUGUUCUGGCGAAAGAACGGCAGCCCGUUACAAGCCACGGAACGUCACUUUUUCACAGCUGAAGAUCAGCUCCUGAUAAUUGUCGACACAAAAGCAAGUGACGCUGGACGUUACGAGUGCGAAAUGAGUAACUCGUUCGGCUCAGCAGUCGGCGCAUCGCUCCUCACAAUAAAUCCUGCACCUAGCUCGAUGGUAAACGAGGACGACAUGUUGGGUAUAAUAAUUAUCACCGUCGUUUGUUGCGCGGUCGGUACAUCUGUGGUUUGGGUUGUAAUAAUAUAUCAAACUCGUCGCCGUCUCAGUAUUAAUCACAAUCCAACCAGCCAAUCUCAAGUCACUUCUUUGCCAGUUGGAAACGAGGCUCAGACUCAUCUUUAUCUCGACACAAGUUCGCAGCACAGUAAAGACAGCGGUACAGGGGACAGUACUAAUCCGAGCAGCGAUCAACUUCAGCUUUGUCUUCCUGAAGAAAUAGUGAGGUGUUCAACGAAUAACGAAGAUUUGGGUAACGUAUGUGGAUCUGAUCCUUUAUUGGGCUAUACGAAUCAUGAACGGCUAGAUGAUACCGAAUCCGCUACACACGAUACAACAUCCUUGGACGUUACGACUCACGAUUGCGACUGCGAUUGCGAAUAAGGUAAAAUUUGUAUCGAAAUAAAAUAAUCGGUAAAGUGAUAUUGUGAUCCAAUUGUCAUACAAUGAUCGGAUACUCUGGUUCUGGAGUGCGUUAAAUCUUAAAAAGAAGAAUAAC